AUGUGCCCCCACGAGCCCGCCCCCGAGACCAACGGUGCCGACGCCGAGAUGAUUCCCGUCGACCUCGGCGCUGCCGUCAAGACCAACGACGGCCCCAAGCACGGCGAGAAGAAGGGCUUCUACUCCCGCCCCUCCGACUUCCUCAGCAACACCAGCAACUGGAAGAUCAUCGAGAGCACGCUCAGAGAGGGCGAGCAAUUCGCGAACGCCUUCUUCGACCUUGAGACCAAGAUCAAGAUCGCCAAGGCUCUUGACGAGUUCGGUGUCGACUACAUCGAGCUUACCUCGCCCGCCGCCUCGCCCGAGUCGCGUGCCCACUGCGAGGCUAUCUGCAAGCUCGGCCUGAAGCGCUCCAAGAUCCUUACCCACAUCCGUUGCCACAUGGACGACGCCCGUAUCGCCGUCGAGACUGGUGUUGACGGUGUCGACGUCGUCAUCGGAACGUCGUCGUUCCUCCGUGACCACUCGCACGGCAAGGACAUGGCCUGGAUCACCAAGACCGCCAUUGAGGUUAUUGAGUUCGUCAAGUCGAAGGGCAUUGAGAUCCGUUUCUCGUCCGAGGACUCGUUCCGUUCGGAGCUCGUAGACCUCCUCUCGAUCUACCGCACCGUCGACAAGAUCGGUGUCAACCGUGUCGGUGUUGCCGACACUGUCGGCUGUGCCGACCCCCGCCAGGUCUACGAGCUCGUCCGUACCCUCCGUGGUGUCGUCUCGUGCGACAUUGAGUGCCACUUCCACAACGACACCGGAUGCGCCAUCGCCAACGCCUACGCCGCCCUCGAGGCCGGUGCUACCCACAUCGACACCUCGGUCCUCGGUAUCGGUGAGCGCAACGGUAUCACGCCGCUCGGUGGUCUCAUCGCGCGCAUGAUGGUUGCCGACCCCGAGUUCGUCAAGGGCAAGUACAACCUCCCCAUGCUCCGUGAGGUCGAGAACCUCGUCGCCGAGGCCGUCGAGAUCCAGGUCCCGUUCAACAACUACAUCACUGGCUUCUGCGCCUUCACCCACAAAGCUGGUAUUCACGCCAAGGCCAUCCUCGCCAACCCGGCGACGUACGAGAUCCUCAACCCCGCCGACUUCGGCAUGACGCGUUACGUCUCGAUCGGCCACCGUCUCACCGGCUGGAACGCCGUCAAGUCGCGUGUCGAGCAGCUCAACCUCGUCCUCAACGACGACCAGAUCAAGGACGCCACCGCCAAGAUCAAGGAGCUCGCCGACGUCCGCACCCAGACCAUGGAGGACGUCGACCAGAUCCUCCGUGUCUACCACACCGCCGUCAUGGAGGGCAAGCUCAAGGUCGGCCAGCCCGAGGUCCUCGACCGUCUCCUUGAGGAGCACGCCUCCCGUGACGUCUCUCCUAACGGCAGCGCCGCCAAGAGGCCCAGGACCGAGUAA